AUGUCAGAAAUGAACAAUAAUAAUACUUUAUUACCAAGUAAUACAAAUAUUUAUGAAUUUAUAUUUCAUCAUAUAUUUAACUCUACUACAACACCUUCCACAGAAAUGUCAUCAACAAAUUCAAUGAUGGAUCAAAUUAAUACUACACCAUUAUCUAAUCUUGAAUUUAAUAAUAUUUUAGCACAAGCUGUAGUAAAUAAUGUAUUGUUACCAUCUUCACCUAUCUCAUCACCAACAAUUAAUAAUUCAGAUUUUGGAUUAACAACUACAACAAAUAGUAUUGAAGAUGGUCGUUCUGAUUCUGGUGAAGCUGUAUCACCUAAUAAUAUACUAACAUCAAAUGAUAGAAAACGUAGAAGGACAAGAACUAAUUUUAGUAGUGCACAAUUAAAAACACUUGAAGAAGCAUAUGAAGUUUCCCGUUAUCCUGAUGUUUAUACACGUGAUGCAUUAGCACUUUCAUUAGGUCUUAAUGAAUCACGCGUCCAAGUAUGGUUUCAAAAUCGUCGUGCUAAAGAAAGAAAGAUGGUUGGUGAUCUUGUAGAGUCAUCAGAAAUGAAAGAGGAUAUUAAAGAAGUCGCAACAAAUGGUACUCCCUCAACGAUAGAUGGUGAUGACAAGGAUGAUAAGGAUUGUCCAAUUGUAACAAAAAAAGGAAGUUUUCAGAUAGAUUCACUUUUAGCAAGACAACGAGUUCCAAGAGGAAGAAGACCAAAUGCAAUGUAUCCAAGGGUUCAAGCUUGUAAAAAUCUAACUCCUUAUUUUUUACAAGGAUUUUUAAUUAAUCAACCUGCGGGAAAAAUUAUAAAACCUGAAUAA